CAAUACAUUGUAAAGUUUUACUUGCUUCUCAAUGGCUCCUCCACCUACAAUUGCAAUUCCCCAGGUUUCUGAACAAGAAGCCCAGAUCGAGAAGCUAAAACUGUAUGACAUAAUGCUCGGCGCAGCUAAGCCCAUGGCUCUCAGAGCUGUUGUUUUGCUGAAUAUUCCGGACAUAAUUGCUGAGGCGUCAGGCUCUCUUACCCUAGAAGAAAUCGCUGGUAGUAUUUCAGCAUCUACUGAUAGCACACCUCACAUAGAAUAUCUGUUUCGUCUUCUGAGACUUCUAGCCUCCCAGGAAGUCUUUAUUGAGAUCCCACACCAGGAGGACUUCAGGCAGACUAAAUAUGGCCUUACAGGCCUUUCUAAAUUACUUGUUAAGGAAUCAAGAAAAGGAGGUGUGUCAGUGCAAAACUAUGUUCCAUAUUUGUUGGCAUUCAACAAUGAUAGUACCCUCAAGGGAUGGCUUCAUCUGCAUGAGUCUGUGUUAGAAGGCCGCGGUGCCUUCGAUAAGGCUUUUGGUAUGAGUUUUUGGGACUACGUUGCAAAGAAUCCUGAAACAAACAAGACAUUCAACGAGGCCAUGUCUUGUGACAGUCGUGCUGUCAUGUCUAGUGUUGUGAAGAUUUAUGAGGAGGGAUUUAAGAAGAUAAAUUCUUUGGUUGAUGUUGGGGGAGGUUUGGGCUCUGCCUUGUCCAAUAUUGUGGAGAAUUACAAACACAUCAGAGGAAUUAAUUUUGACUUGCCUCAUGUCAUUGCUUCUGCACCUCCGGUCGCUGGUGUACAACAUGUGAGUGGCAAUAUGUUUGAGCAUAUUCCAUCAGCUGAUGCAAUCUUGAUGAAGUGGGUUUUGCACGAUUGGAAUGAUGAUGACUGUGUCAGAGUGUUGAAAAGGUGUUAUGAGGCUAUACCAAAAAAAGGAAAAGUCAUAAUCGUUGAUGCCCUUAUUGUUGAAGGGAAAAGAGAGGAAGAUAACAAAGAAGAACUUCAAAGGGGUGUGGGACUAGAAUUUGAUAUGGGAAUGAUGCUAUUUUGUACUGGUGGAAAGGAGCGAUCAGAGAUGGAAUUUAAACAAAUUAUUAGCAAAGCUGGUUUCAAAAGCUACACCAUCUUCAAAUUGCCAUCUAUUCAAACCAUUAUUGAAGUUUCCAAAAUCUAAAUAAGUAUAGUUCAAUAUUUAAGGUUUUGAUCAAAACUAUAUUAUUAUUAUAUAAAUAAAUUACCAUCAUCACUUCAAGGAAUCAUAAAUUCCUCACUUUUUUAGGGGAGAGACAAUUAGUAGUUCUUAGAACUCUUUGGAUUGGUUUAGUUUCAAACUAUCUUGAGUCACUUGAUCUUUCAUUAUUGUUUCUCUUCUUCAAUUGUUAUGUGAGUGUUCUUGGUUGCUUCUAGUCCAUGGGUUAUUUGUUAUAUGAUGGUCAUUAUAGUUAUACUUUUUAUUAGGUUUGUAUAAGGUUUGGGGCCUUUCAAAACCUCUUUUUAUUUUUAAUAAAAAAAGUUUUUUAGUUGUGCA